AUGACUCCGGCUAGCCAAACGAUACAAGUUCUCGACAGUUGUGAGGUUUUUCAGUUCUUGCCUGACGGUAAAAUUGGAUUCACUCACGUCAAGAUUCUUUUCAAACACGAAAAUAAAAUCCAUUAUGGCCACGUUUUGGAGAGGAAACGACGAGAAACAUUUCAGCUCGAUGAGAUUGAGAACAUCAAAGCGAUUCCUUCCGAUUCAUACCGGCCUCCCCUACCGCCAAAUACAACAAUCGCCCCCGAACAGCUCGCCAACUACUUUGUAAAGCGCCCAAUUUUGAUGGGCUAUGUCGACGGCUCUGAUUUAAGUGAGCCAAUGCUUCGAGAGAUCGAAAUCUGUGAGGUGCUGUUGUGGAAUCCUCAUCCAAACUUGGCAUCCUACCUUGGAUGCCAAUCCGUCAAUGGUCGUAUUGAUGGCAUCUGCUUUCAGCGAUAUCCAGAAUCACUCAUGCAAAAACUGAACCCGAAAGCUCUCAAUAAAUCCAUGUUUUUACAAUCCCGAAACUUGUCUCGAGAAACCGCGGAACGCUAUCUUUCUGAAGUGGAAGCUGGUAUCAAGCACCUGCAUUUUCUGGGAUAUGUUCACAAUGAUCUUAACCCAAGCAAUAUCAUGAUUACUACGGAUGAUACGGCGGUUAUCAUUGACUUCGACAGUUGUGUAAGGGUCGGUGAAUCCAUUGAGGCAGCCAAGAUUAAGAGGACAUAUGGCUGGUACGAUAGACAGAGUCAAGUGGCUAUAGAAAGCAUUGACUUUGCCGCCUUGAAGGAAAUUCGUACGUAG